ACCAUCGUCAUAGUAACCUAAAACAAACACCGCAGAGCUAUAAAAACUGCCCCCGUGCUGGUGGUGCAGCUGCCCUCGUGUGAAGACUGUAGCGAAGAUGAAGGCUUUUCUUUGCACCCUGCUGGCUGCAGUCCUGUGUGUGGAGCAAGCGGCCUCCUUCUGGUGCUACACAUGUACCGACGAGCCCUCCAACUGGAAUUGUGUUAAAGCGACUAAGUGUGCUGACACUGACAAAUACUGCCUCACAACCUAUGCGUCUGGAGGGAUUGGCGAUAAAAAGGGGCAGCGCAUCACCAAGAAAUGCUCUCCGGUGUGUCCCCAAACAAACCUGAACCUCGGCAUAGCCGCCAUUUCUACCUCCUGCUGUGAGCAUUCCCUCUGCAACCUCAGCGGGGCCAGCAGUGUGAAAACCAGCUACCUGGUGAUGGCCACGGGGAUCUUGGCCAGUCUCAUCUACGGCCUCAGAACGGGACUGUGGUGAGGCCAGGAAAAGAGGACUUGCCAUCCCGAAGAACCAACUUGGGCCUCCCCAGAGAGAUGCCAAAAGCCUUCUGUGCAAAGCUGCCAUCCAGGCUAACACUGCCCUGUCUCUUCCGUGUCACCUCAGAUCCCCUCAGCAAGGAGUUUCUCGCUAAUUUUCUACGCUGUUGUUCUUUCUCUGAGGGCCGGGAGCUGUACCCUGGGGAUAAGAGCACUGCCCUCCCGCGCCGGGGGGUUGUGAGCAUAAACGCAUUAAAGAUAUUACGCUGAUGGAGGCUAGAUAUGCA